CUUUUUUCUUGUCCCCCUUCUCAUAAUACAUUGCUUACAUCCCUUUCUCCUUAAUUGUUUCUGUCUUCUAACCCCCCGUCUCGUCAAUUACCGGUCUCGCCUGUCGCUCUCCAGCAUGCCUCUGGAAGCCCGCGUGAAAUCUGUCCUGUCCGGCGACACGGUGGUGCUGUCGCAUAUCACCAACCCCGGCCAGGAACGCAUUCUCAGUCUUGCAUAUGUCUCCGCGCCGAGGCUACGCAGAGAGGGAGAUGAGCCAUACGGCUUCCAUUCCCGAGAGUUUCUCCGCGAGCUACUAGUCGGAAAAGUCGUGCAAUUUCAAGUCCUGUACACCAUCCCUACCGGUGCUAAGCGCGACUACGGUACCAUCAAACUCCCGACUUUCGACGUCUCCCUCCCCGACAUCAGCGUCCAGGAAGGAUGGACUCGUGUCCGCGAAGAGGCUGGCAAGCGCAGCGACGAGUCCGAAGAGACUGUGGCGUACCUGCAACGACUCCGUGCAUUGGAGGAACAUGCCCAGACGGAGGGCAAGGGAACAUGGGCUGGCACAGAGAACGGUCGCACAGAGACCGCUUACGAGUUGUCUGACCCUAAGGCGCUGGUUGACGAAUGGAAGGACAAGCACCUGGAAGGUAUCGUCGAGAGGGUUCUGAAUGGCGACCGACUGAUCGUCCGUUUGCUCCUCUCUUCGGAGGAACACCUGCAGGUUGUCGCCGCUAUGGCGGGUGUUCGUGCGCCAGCAGCCAAGAGAGUGACGGCUGACGGCAAGGAGCAGCCUGCAGAGCCGUAUGGAGACGAGGCAUUCCAGUUCGUCGAGUCGAGGAUUCUGCAGCGCAAGGUCCAGGUGUCUCUUCUGGGCGUCACCCCUCAGGGUCAACUGAUUGCUAGUGUCCUUCACCCGAACGGCAAUGUUGCCAAGUUCCUGCUGGAAGCUGGUCUUGCCCGUUGCCACGAUCAUCACUCUGCCCUGCUCGGUACUGAGAUGGCAGCUUUCCGCCGUGCAGAGAAAGUGGCCAAGGACGCCAGAGUGGGCAUCUUCACUGGUCUGGUUGCUCCUAAGGGUCCUGCUGGCGGGGCCGAGGACUACGUUGUUGGCCGCGUGCUGAAUGCAGACACGCUCUUUAUCCGCAACAAGGCCGGUCAGGAGAAGAAGAUCAGUCUCAGCAGUGUCAGGCAACCGAAGCCAUCUGAUCCCAAGCAGGCUCCUUUUGCUGCCGAUGCCAAGGAGUUCGUGCGCAAGAGGAUCAUUGGAAAGCAUGUCAAGGUCACCAUUAACGGCAAGAAGCCCGCUACGGAGGGAUUCGAGGAGAGGGAGGUUGCCACCGUUGUUCACGGAAACACCAACAUCGCUUUGGCCCUUGUCCAGGCGGGUUACGCUUCCGUUAUCCGCCACCGCCAGGAUGACGAGGACCGGUCUCCCGAAUAUGACAACCUCAUGCUUGCUGAAGCAGAGGCCCAGGCCGAAGGCAAGGGCAUGUGGGCUGCUAAGCCCCCCAAGCCCAAGCAGUACCAGGAUUACUCGGAAAGUGUUCAGAAGGCCAAGAUGGAAGUUUCCAUUCUCCAGCGCCAGAAGCGUGUGCCGGCUAUUGUCGACUUUGUCAAGUCAGGAUCUCGGUUCACCGUUCUGGUUCCUCGUGAGAACGCCAAGUUGACUCUCGUCUUGUCGGGUAUCCGCGCUCCCCGGUCUGCCCGUAACCCCGGUGAGGCGUCCGAGCCUUGUGGCCAGGAGGCUCAUGAUCUGGCGAACAAGCGCUGCAUGCAGCGUGAUGUUGAGAUCGAUGUAGAGACCAUUGACAAGGUCGGUGGAUUUAUUGGUACUCUGUAUGUGAACAAGGAGAACUUCACCAAGGUACUCCUUGAGGAGGGUCUUGCUACUGUUCACGCUUACUCUGCCGAGCAGUCUGGUCACGCUACAGAGUACUUUGCUGCAGAGCAGAGGGCCAAGGAGGCUCGCAAGGGUCUUUGGCACGACUGGGACCCUAGCAAGGACGUCGUUGAAGACGAGGAGGAGCCUGCUAACAGCAACAACAAUACUGACACCGAGGUUGCCCAGCGUCGCAAGGACUACCGCGACGUGAUUGUCACUUAUGUCGACCCUACUACUGGCCGCGUUAAGGUCCAACAGAUUGGCACAGGUACCUCUGCCUUGACGGAGCUGAUGAGUGCUUUCCGUUCGUUCCACCUCAACAAGGCCAACGACACUCCGCUGCCUGGACCUCCCAAGGCUGGUGACUUUGUUGCCGCCAAGUUCACCGAGGACAACGAGUGGUACCGCGCUAAGGUCCGUCGCAAUGAUCGCGAGAACCAGCAAGCUGAGGUUGUUUACAUUGACUUCGGUAACUCGGAAGUCCUGCCCUGGUCCCGCCUCCGGCCCUUGAGCCAGCCGCAGUUCUCCGUCCAGAAGCUUCGCGCCCAGGCGGCUGAUGCAGUGCUCUCCUUUGUCCAAUUCCCUGGUGCCGAAGAUUACCUGCAGGAUGCAGUCAGCUUCCUAGAAGACCAAGUCUACAACCGUGAGCUUGUUGCCAACGUCGACUACGUGUCUCCGGACGGAACCCUGCACGUCACCUUGCUGGACCCUACCGAGUCCAAGAACUUGGAUCACAGUAUCAAUGCCGACAUUGUUCGUGAGGGUUUGGCCAUGGUGCCCAGGAAACUGAAGGCCUGGGAGCGGGCCGCUACUGAGACACUGUCGCACCUUCGCAACGUAGAGGAGGAGGCGAAGCAGGAACGACGGGGUAUGUGGGAGUAUGGCGAUCUGACCGAGGACUAAAUAUUACACUUAUCAUAGUGUUGUGUUUGGGGUGGCGGAAGAAGAUGUCUGUACAAUUAUCCACAUGGCGCUUUAUGCUGAUUCCCAUGAGCGACGGAUUGAGUGGCUCUGGAGCAUUCUUACAUUGACAGCUUCCAAAAGCUGUGCUACAUUAGUCUAGGAUUUCUCAAAUAUGUUUUUUGAAUAAGGAUACCAAAA